AUGGGAGCGAAAGCAACACAACACAGGAAAAAGAUGUCAGAUUUUAUUCAUUUAUCUUUUACCUUUAGAAAACUGAAGAAGCUUCACGUGACCAUGAGGAAGGUCCACGAUUGUAAAGUCGUGACAACACCGAACACACCGUACGCCAACUUCCAGGCUGAAUUAGACAAAAGAUUCACGGUCCUUGGAAAGUUUUCUGACUCGUUACCUAACCCGAGAAAACUGAAGAAGCUUCACGUGACCAUGAGGAAGGUCCACGAUUGUAAAGUCGUGACAACACCGAACACACCGUACGCCAACUUCCAGGCUGAAUUAGACAAAAGAUUCACGGUCCUUGGAAAGUUUUCUGACUCGUUACCUAACCCGAGGAGAAUGAGGUAUUUGGGGGCUGUAAGUGUUUUACUGAUGCUCUGUGGGGCUACAUUUGGGAUAGAGUACAAAACUUUCACUGGCCACAUCGAGGACAACCAAUCUCUUGCCGAGCGCUCAACCAUAAUAUCCGUCGAAGCAAGAUCAUUAGUAUCAAUAAGACUGGGUUGUCACCAAGAGUUCAACCAAUUCCUAACUGCGUAUCUGCAAAGAGAAGAUACCAAGGAAAUCGUUGUUUCUGUAAAGACGGUUUGUACCAAAAGCCAAAAAGAUUUUGACCAAAAGUACAAAUGGGCAAGGGUUUUCAGCGACGAUUCCGACAGUGUCGACUAUAGAAUUGUUGUCACAGGUGCGGAGAGAGCGUUUUUCGAGGUGCUGUACGAAGUGAAUACUGUCCGGCUACCCUCUGAUGGGACACCAACCUAUCACGUGCUGACACCGGGCGUUCCUUCUAUCCACACUUUCGCUAUAGACAAUUGGGACGAUGUUAACUACCGUUUUGUGGAUGUCAGCGUGGAGGGAUGGGAAAAUCAAACUGAUGUUAUUGGUAAAAUGAUAGUUACCCAAAACAAAGACGAGCUCUACAACUUCCUGAUCUCUCCGAAUACCUCCACCUUAAACAGCAUGCGACUUGGUUACUCUAAAUUCGGUAGAAUUGUGUUAUCAGACGUUUCCAGUCCGGGUCUAGCACCUGGUAUUUGGAUGGUAGGCCAUAUUCUGUUUGAUGAAGAGCAGACGAAAAACAUUGCUAUAUCUAUUGCUGUGAACACGGACUACGAAUAUGUUUCAAAAGUGGUUAUUCUGACAAUAGUGUCCUGUUUUGGUGUUAUUCUUCCUAUCUUUUGCAGGUACAUCUUCAAUUAUAUGAACGCGGAGAGGAAAGCUUCAUUUGCGGCUUGGAGGCAGGUAGUGAUAAACUGGUUUUAUAGCGGAAACAAAGGUUUGGCUUAUCUGACUGGAUUUCUCGCCUGGAUGCUGAUUGUCAGCGCUUUUCAGGUUGUCCACGCGAAAUGGGGUGAGAUGAUGGAAAAGGGGGACCGAGACAUCUGUUACUACAAUGAGCGCUGCUACAGACCUUAUUUAGGUUACUACGACGUGUCGGUGAAUGGUAUUGCAAGUAACCUUCCUUUCAUGGUACACGGAGCAAUCAUCAUCCUCUCAGUUUCUCUAGCGGAGACCAGUUGCUACUCACUCAAGCACAAGCGAUACGACUAUUCUAUUCCUUACUCUUUUGGAUUGGCUUUCAUCUUCGAAGGGUUUGGAUCUCUUCUCUAUCACAUCUGUCCUGCUCAGAUCAUAUUCCAGUUCGACACUCUUUUUAUGUUCGUCAUCUCUCAGUAUAUCAUCACUGCACUGGUCGACGGGCAUGCAGUAAGAAGAGAGGUUCACGAGGAUGCACACAAGCUAUUCUCCUCCAAAAGGAAAUCUAUCAGAAGUCCUAAACUCUUCCUCUUCUUUUUAGGGCCUGCUUACGGAUUCAACUUUCUUGGAAACCUCCACUAUAUAGAUCCGCUACCGAAGCCAAUAGCUUUCUUCUUUUUCUUAUUCGUUGGUCUGUGGGUGUUGGGAAUAUUACUGUGGGCUGCUUACAAAGCCAAUCUCCUGCCCACAAGUUACUUCCGAGCAGCUACCAUCCACUUUACAUCCGGUGGAGUGGAAGUAAAAGAGAAAACCAGUGAAACAAGCAUGCUGAAGAAAGUUUUUUUCGGGGCAUAUACACUUCUAGUGGUCAUUGGCUUCAUCAUGGUAGUCAUGGGGAAACUUGUGAUUUCUAUAUUCAUCCUGGGAGAGCUGAUUGUUGCACUGACGAUAAUGACGGCUGCUUCGUUUGUUUAUCUACUGAGUGAUCUCUGGUUCACCCUGACACGUGUGGUUCGACCCAACAAUAAAAAGUAUCCUAUGCACUACCGGUACAUAAUCCCGGCUGGAGUAGUCCUGUACCUGCUCUGUGGACUGGGACUAGUGAUUGUCUCCCUCUUCUUCUUCGUGAUCCUGGAGAGCACCGACAAGUCCAUACCACCAUGGGAGUCCCGGGAACUUAACCAGGGAUGCGUCCUCAACGACUUCUGGGAUGCUCACGACCUCUGGCACUUCUUUGCGUCCCACGCCCUCAUGAUGAUUGUGUUGGUGGUGAUCCAGAUGCAGAAACCCUGCAGAGACUGUUAUAUGAAGUAUAAGGAGUGUCAAAUUCCUGCCAAGGAGAAGAAUGGAGACAGGGAGAUGGUUCAACCGGUCAACAAGAAGAAGAAUUUUCAGGAGCCGGAGAUACUGAAGGUGAUACCGUUAGUAGAUGAUAAAUCUGUCGUCAUGGAGGAAGUGAACGAAUGAUAACGAUUGUAUAAUAUUUGAUUAACGAUUAUUUUAAUCUGAGAUAGAAGUUGAUGUGGAUGUAAGAAAGUACCAUCAUAUGUUUCAUAAGAAACUUCUAUUUGGCACAAAACGAACCUUCUUGAUCAACAUGGGUCGAAAAAGAAAAGCGAAUUUUAUCAUCUUUAUUAUCAAUUAAUAUAAUCUUUUGUUUUUUUUUC